GAGAGAUCGCCGAGAUGAGAAGAGAGAGAGAGAGAUAGAGGAGAGAGCAAGAGAGAGAGAGAGGGGAGCGCGGGUGACAGCAAGCAGAGGCAGUUUGGUCGAGAACCGACGCGUGUAAUUAGGAGCGCCUUUCCACGCACCAGGCUCACACGGCGCGCAAACAAGUUUGAACUUGAGCGGUGGCGUACGUAGAAGGUUUCUGCGCAGUCGUCGGCAUUCUAUAGCCGACGUCUAUCUCAUCGACAAGCCGCUGCCGGUAGCCUCGUUUCAGAACGCAGUCGGGCGAUACCGACAAACGAUCGGCAGCGACGCCUCGCGGUGACAAUAGAGUUUAAGGCGAUAUACGUCGACGUUAAUUCGACGACCCGCCCCGUCAGAUGUUUUACCGCGCGAAUGUUUUACGGUAGCGGAAAUGCAGAAUGAUGAUGCGAGCAUACGCCGAUGACAUCUGAAGCUAGGGAGUGACAAAGAAAGCAACGCAAAAAGAUUAGGCGUGACAUAUUAGUCCGUUUCGUGUGACAACGACGUAACGAUGGAAACGUUCGGUCCGAGGUCGCCGCGUAUCUACGAGGAACUUCCCGCCAAGCUGAAAGCCGAGCGAGCGGCAGACGAGAUCAUCAUAUACGCUUCGCCCAUCCACCAGACGACUCCGCGACGCGUAAACAACAACAGCAGCAGCAACAAAAAACAAAAAAACAAAUACGAAACGCUGAAGGAAGCGAACAACGCUCGGAAUGAGGACGGCAGCAGCGAUACAGUCGACGCGGCGGCGACGCCGACCGUCGCCGACGAACUAGCCGACAGUCUGCAGUCGACGCGCGUGAAGAAUGCCGACGACGAGACGACGUCGCAUCCGUCUCGGCUCGACGACGACGAGAUGACGCAGAUCGAGCUCUUCUACGGCAGCCACAAGACGGACGUGUUCGUCUGCGGCUGCGAGUGCCUCGUCUACGCGUGCCCCGUCACGCAGCCCGUCGCCAGCGACGACGCGCCGCCGCUGCACGCCGCCGUGCCCGUGCUGCUGCUCGACACCGGCGGCGCCCUCUGUCGGCAGGAGCGGAGACUAUUUCUCGUGUUGGCGGAGCGCGGCACGGGGUUCAUGGUGUGGAGAGACCGAAUCGACAACCUGUCCAACUACCAGCCGUUCGGACCCGACUAUCACACGAUGUUCUUCUCCACGGACCACAAGAAACUCGUCGGUCUGCGCUUCAGCGACGCCGACGUCGCCGACGCGUUUCACGCUGCCGUCCGACGUCGCACGGGCGACGUGUCCGACCCGGCGCUGUCCGUGAACGGAUGCACGCGCCGGAAGCAGCCGGCGCGCCGCCGCAAGAGCGCGCCACUGCCGACGAAGGCCGAUAUCUCGCAGCCAAUCGGCUUUCAGCAUCUGACAAGCCUCGACGCUGCCGAACUUCACCGCUACGCGACGUUGCGCGACAAGGUGCCGUCGACUAGCGGCGACGACAGCAGCACCGACGACAGCGCCAUCGUCGCCGACUGCGGCAGCAGCAUCGGCGACUGCGCGACGUACGUGGCAGAGAACGGAAGAUACAGCGUCGUCGUCGCUAGCGUGUGAUGACGUCACAUGCAGCUUGCAGCAUCUACGGGACAGUGACUAUAGUGUGUUAUGACAUCACACGCAGCGUGUAAUAUCUGCGGCACAAUGACUAUAUAGUGUGUUAUGACGUCACACACAGCGUGUAUUAUCUACGGCGCCGUGUCUGGUGUGUGAUGACGUCACACGCAACGUGUACAAUAUAAUAUCUAAGACACGACGUCUGGUGUGUGAUGACGUCACAUGCAGGCUGCAGCGUGUAACAACUACGGCGUAGAGUGCGCGCGCCAUUGGCAACUGUUGUCACGACUCACCGGGACUCGAGCUCGCACUCGCAGGGAAAACUAGUAACCUGCUCAUGACGAACCCGCUCACGGCUGAGGUCGGGCAUGGUCUCCCGCGUGUGAACAUCCGGUGUCGUCGCCUCGUUAUAACGUAAUCAACGCGAUGUGUGUAUCCGACACUCAUCGACCCCUCCCUCCCGUCCCCCUCCUCAACCACUACGUACGCCGCCAACCACCCACGAUCGUCUGUCACCGCACGCGAGAACUACGAUGGCGCUACUAUACAUCGCUGGCCGAGCAGGUUGGGCAGGCGAUAGACAGACGCACCUGUAAUCAGCGGCAAUGAUCAUCAUCAUCUCUCUACUAGUCGGAAGAUCACUGACGCCGCAGUCAGAUUGUCGCGCAUAACCGCUGGUUUGUAAAUAUGUUUUUCCUCUGGGCAGGAUAUCGUGGUUAUAGAAAUAACCAUGGGUGAAUACUGUCAGAGUAAUUUGUCAUUAUUCACAGCUGAUACGUACAACUCGUCGUUGUUUCGCGCGAAAAACGUGUUCGUUCGUUUCAAACCAGUUUCGUGUAGAUGUGAAAGUGAUUCCGUUUUUGAUCAGCGUUAUGUGGCGCUGAAAAAUAAUAGCAUGGAUUAAAAUUCUUGUCAAUGUAACGCGGAGCGGAGCUUUUUCAGCAUAUCAAACGUAAUUUCGUGUAAUCUUUUUGCGAACGGCUGAUCGUUGUAUAGCAGCAUGAAGUUAUACGUUUCAAGUAUAUAUUCUUUGCAUGCCGGGUGGCCAUCUUUGAUAUCAAUAUAGAUGCCAAAUAAUGAUAAUUACCAUUCUCCACACAAAAAAACAGCAGAUUUCACUCAAAAUUACCGUGUUUUUCUCACGGUUACAUUCCUGGUGUUCUUCCAUAAAAACAGGCAGUUUUGUAAUGACGUGCGGAACCAUCGAGGCAGCGGUAUUUUUGGGGGCGUGCUUGCAUGGUUGGCAAUUGUCGAACGUCAAUCAGACAUGAAAUGCUCGCAAUUUCUCUUUGAUUCAAACGGGUGACAGAAUUCGGUCGAAUCCCUCGAAAUGAAUAUCCCAUUGUGCUAUCACUGGUUGCGCCAUUAUUAAUUUCCAGAAAGUGGUCGCUACAGCCCAAAAAACUGAUUAGAUAACGGCGUACUAUGUACAUUCUGUUGAAACGGAGCACAGGUGAAUUGCGCGACUAGCUCUAUGAUCUGCGCCACAAACAGCUAUUAUAUACAGAACAGAAUUAGAAAAGAAAAUUAUGUACAGAAUAGGGCGCGUUGAUCUAAUUUGUUCUGACGUCACGGUUAAUGGAUAUACGACACCCGUGCACUUGUACUUAUACGUGUAAAAAUGCUGUAACAAUUUAUAUUGCAAAUAAUUAAGUGUUUCGAUUUUCUGAAUAAAUACAUUCACAACGUAU